ACUAAAGAACAGCUGUUUGUUGUUUGCUAAUAAAUAAUGACAUAUUCUGUACGUAAUUUCUUUUUCAAUAAUUCUUAUUCAUUUAUUUGCCAACUUAUUUUAUCAAUUUUAACCUACGUCUACAACUCAUUUGUGUAGGUACGUGUUGUCAUUAAAUCGCUUUCUCUAUGAACAAUAUUUUACAAGUUUGUUUUUCUGCUGUAAGAAGAAUGUCAACAACUGGACCAGUAGAGAGCACAAUUUUUAACAAAUUGCAAUCUGCUUUGAGCGCUAGCCAUGUGAAUGUCAUAAACGAAUCCUACAUGCACAAUGUGCCGAAAGGAGCAGAAACACACUUCAAAGUGGUUGUGGUGUCGGAUAAGUUUGAUGGUUUACCCUUAAUUAAGAGACAUCGACUUGUAAAUGAUAUAUUGAAGGAAGAACUGCAAACUGGAGUACAUGCUUUAUCCAUUGUGGCUAAAACACCCAAGCAAUGGGAAGAGAGUGACAAAAUUGUGGAGAGUAGCCCUAAUUGUAAAGGUGGCUUUGGUAAAUAGUACAAGAAUUAAUCUGUAUAAUCCAUAAAAUUAUGGCUGUAUUUUUAGUAGUUGAAUUAAGUUUUUAAAUAAUAGCAAUGAUUAUUUAUAAUCUCAA